GAGUCUUCUAUUUUUUUUUUCUUAUUAAAAUUCAAAGAGUUCGAUCUUUGUGAAAAGUAUUUCAAAAAUAAAAUUUUUCAUAUUUAGGUACGAAUUAAUGCUUAGAGCUCCCACGUUUCAGUUAUGGUUGUCAUCGUGAGUAGUUAUUUAAGGUGGUUUUCAGCUCAUCUACUUUACCCACCUCUUCUUUGUUCCUUCCCCAAAGUCUGAUCCUUCAUUUCCUUCAUUUAAUCCCAUUCCUCCCCUCCCCAUCUGUUUCUGCCUACCAUAUCGCCUCUGUUUUUUUUGUUCUUCUCUUUGUCACAGUCAAAGCCAUACCCAACUCUAUCAACCCCAAACGAACUAAAAGGUUUGCUAAAGAUUUUCUCUUUUUGUUCACUCUAUUUAUCUCGCUAGAUCUCUCCUCCUUUUUUUGAUAUAUCCAAAAAAAUUUGGACUUUUUCCUCUGCAUAAGCCAUGGCAACCUGUUUCUUCGAUACUCUCAAGACUCAACCUUUCUGGGUUCUUGUUCUUUUCACUUUGGGUUCUUUAUCACUCUUGAAAUCUUCAUUUGUUUUUCUCAAAUGGGUCUGGGUCAAUUUGCUUAGACCCGGUAAGAAUCUCAAGAAAUAUGGUUCCUGGGGUCUUGUGACAGGACCAACUGAUGGUAUAGGCAAAGGUUUUGCCUUUCAGUUAGCUAGGAAAGGGCUUAAUCUUGUCUUGGUGGGUCGUAAUCCUGACAAACUCAAAGAUGUUUCUGAUUCAAUCUUGGCUAAGUAUGGAAAGAUUCAAAUCAAGACAGUUGUUGUCGACUUCUCUGGUGAUCUUGAUGAAGGUGUAAAGAAGAUCAAAGAAGUUAUUGAAGGAUUGGAUGUUGGUAUUUUAAUUAAUAAUGUUGGAAUUUCGUAUCCUUAUGCAAGGUUCUUCCAUGAGGUUGACGAGGAGCUGUUGAGGAAUUUAAUUAAGGUUAAUGUUGAAGGUACUACUAAGGUUACUCAGGCCGUUUUGCCGGGGAUGGUGAAGAGAAAGAAAGGUGCAAUUGUGAAUAUUGGUUCUGGUGCUGCUAUUGUCAUCCCUUCUGAUCCACUUUAUGCUGUUUAUGCUGCUACUAAAGCGUAUAUUGAUCAAUUCUCAAGGUGCCUUUAUGUUGAAUACAAGAAUAGUGGGAUUGAUGUCCAGUGUCAGGUUCCAUUGUAUGUAGCUACCAAGAUGGCAUCGAUCAAAAGAUCCUCUUUCUUUGUUCCAUCAACAGCUGGUUAUGCUCAGGCAGCAAUGCGCUGGAUAGGCUACGAACCUCGUUGCACACCCUACUGGCCCCAUUCUAUCCUCUGGGGCUUGGCUUCUUCACUGCCAGAGAGUGCGGUUGAUGCAUGGCGUUUUCGCUUUUGUCUCAACAUUCGAAAGAGGGGGCAACUGAAAGAUUCUAGGAAGAAGGAAUAGAAAAGCAUUUGGAAUUGUAUUAAUUUCUGUUCAUGGAGUUGAAAGUUGGCUAGGAUGAGCCUUCAACUCGUAUCGCCUAUGGAAUUGUACUAGUUCUGGUAUUUUCUCUUAUUUAUUUUUGAAAAUCUAAUUAUUACUCUCUUUAUAAAUUUGUUUUCAAGCAUGGCCUUGUGACCA